AGCUCAGUGCACAUUAAUGUGUGGUGUGUGAAAACAAAAAAUCGUACGUAAUAUCCUUAAGAACCAGAAAGACCUACAAUUUUGGUUCAGGCAGGCGUCUCGAUCCCUCAGCCCUUCGCUUCACAGCUCACAUUCAUAAUCCAAGCAAGCAGCAAUGGGAUCUGAGGAAGUGGGCAACAGGCAAAUCGUACUCAAUGAUUACAUUAAAGGUUUCCCAAAAGAAUCAGACAUGUCAUUGAAAACUUCAAGCAUCAAACUCAAGGUUCCGGCGGAUUCUCCCAACGCAAUUUUGGUGAAAAAUCUUUACUUGUCUUGUGAUCCUUACAUGCGCAGUCGCAUGCAGAAAUCUGAGGGGGGUUACACUGAGUCCUAUACUCCCGGCACUCCUAUUGUUGGAUAUGGAGUGUCCAAAGUUGUGGACUCGGCUCAUCUCAACUUCAAGGUGGGUGACCUGGUUUGGGGAAUGACUGGCUGGGAAGAAUACAGUCUUAUUAAAGCUCCAGAGACUUUAUUUAAAAUUCAGCACACAGAUGUGCCUCUCUCCUACUACACGGGAAUUCUUGGUAUGCCUGGCAUGACUGCUUAUACCGGUUUUUAUGAGGUUUGCUCUCCCAAAAAGGGUGAAACUCUCUUCGUUUCUGCUGCAUCUGGAGCAGUUGGUCAGCUUGUUGGGCAAUUUGCGAAGUUGCUUGGAUGCUACGUCGUUGGAAGUGCCGGAAGCAAAGAUAAGGUUGAUCUGUUGAAGACCAAAUUUGGCUUUGAUGAUGCAUUCAACUAUAAAGAAGAGCAGGAUUUAACUGCAGCUUUGAAAAGGUAUUUCCCUAAUGGAAUCGAUAUUUACUUUGAGAAUGUCGGAGGAAAAAUGCUUGAUGCCGUGCUUCUCAACAUGAAAAUCAAGGGUCGUAUAGCUGUUUGUGGAUUGAUCUCACAGUACAAUCUUGAGCAGCCAGAAGGUGUACACAACUUAUUCUGCACUAUAACUAAACGUAUUCGUAUGGAAGGAUUUCUUGUUUUUGAUUACUACCACCUCUAUCCAAAAUUUUUGGAGAUGGUGCUUCCACUGAUAAAAGAAGGGAAGAUAACUUAUGUAGAAGAUGUAGCCGAAGGCCUGGAAAGCGCACCAGCUGCUCUUGUAGGGCUUUUCUCCGGUCGCAAUGUUGGGAAGCAGGUGGUGGUUGUUGCUCGUGAGUAGUGUCAAAGUAGCAAUAAAACAUGGGAUAUAGUCUGUGUAAUAAUGCUAUUAGUACUGUCUCAUGUUUGAUGUUUCUCGUGUUGGAUUUUGUUUGAUGCAAGUCGGUCCAGAUUGUCCUGUGUUUUCUCAAUUCACCUAUGCAUAACCAAAUAAGUAAUAAUACGAAAAUUUUAAUCAGAUUUUAA